AUACUACAAGAGACUCCAUAAGCUCUAACAACAAGUAGGCUAGAUUUUUAUGUUGCCUUCGGAUGCAUGACAAAGAGUUUCUGGUUUUAGUCACUGAGGAUAGGUACAUCUCAAGCUACUGUCACAAGAUCACUUUCUAUUGUUAUUGUUAGAUCAUCAUCUUUUUCCACCCGUGAAGAGCAAUCCACUGAUACUGGUGAUGGUAUGCCAUUUAAAUCUCUGUUUGGAUUCUAGUGUUGAGUGUAUUUCAAGAUCCUUCUUGUAUUUGCAGAAGAAAUAUCCUUGAAGCCUUGAUUCUGCAUUAUGGAAAAAUCAGUUGAUAAAGGAAGUUGUUUUGUUUUUAUAGCUUUUACCUCAGAAAAUGAAAUAUGAUUAAUGUUUUAAUUUCCUUCACACGUGAUUAAUGUAGCUAUUCUGAGGUAAAAGCUAUAAAAACAAAACAACUUGUGGUCUUUCAUCUGUGGGUAAAUAGAGUUAUAUGCAUGAAUAGUCCCUGUGGUCUUUCAUCUGUGGGUAAAUAGUCCUCGAACUUUCAAAAGUUGUAUAAAAGUCCCUGUGGUCAAAGAACCAUUGCAAAAUAAGUUGUCCCUAUAUUAGAGAAUUUGUGAAAUGUGCACAACACACACGUAUUAUGCAAAGAUGUGAAUCAUGUAACAAUAAAAAAGCUAAUAUGAUGUUUCAUUUGUGAUUUGUAAGUUUGAACCGUAGUAAAAUAUCUUCCAUCUUUUGGUUUAACUCUCACGACUUCUUCAUAUCUUCAACAAUAUAUAUUCUUGAAUCGUAAAACAAUAUUCUAUGUGAGCUCGUAGGGUAAUCUCGUGUGAUAUAAGAGCUAGAAAAAGACCAUUCCUUGCCUUUAACCACGAAGACAAGGUCAGAUUAAUUUCUUUUUUCGGUUACAUGCUUCACAUUUUCACACAAUACACAUGUCUUUUGUGUGCUUCACAUUUUCCUUAAAGAAGGACUAAUUAUGCAUCAAUUCUUUGACCACAGGGACUAUUUUGUAACUUUUAAAAGUACAAGGACUAUUUACCUACUUAUAGAAGACCACAGGGACUAUUUAUGCAUGUAACUCGAAAACAUGAUUUAGUUUAUUUAGAUUUUAAUUUCCUCUGGCAUGUUUUUGUUGAUAAUGUCUCUUGGAGUUGGUAUCAUUAUGUGAACUGAUUGGGGUGUCCUUAUUAUCAUCUUGUGUGUAACUAGAAAUUACAGCUGCUCCGGAGGAUGAGGAUCAUGAGAUUCCAGAAGAGGAAGCCGUGUGCAGAAUCUGUCUUGAAGCAUGCAAUGAAGGGAAUAUGCUGAAGAUGGAAUGCAACUGCAAAGGUGAUCUCAGGCUUAUACACGAAGAGUGCGCAAUCAGGUGGUUCAGGAUGAAAGGGAACAAAAACUGUGAGGUUUGCCGGCAUGAAGUGCUGAAUUUACCUGUUACUUUGCUUCGGGUGCUGAGUGUGGCUCCACAAGAUCCCAGAUAUGAGCAACCUAACUGGCAGAGUUUGAACUCACAACACAUCAGUGCUUGGCAGGAUUUUGUUGUACUUGUGUUGAUUAGUACGAUAUGCUACUUCUUCUUCAUCGAGCAAUUGCUGAUUGGUGACAUGCGAACUCGGGCACUCGUGAUUGCCGCACCGUUCUCAUUUGCUUUGGGCAUUUCGGGAUCUGUACUUGCAGUGAUGCUUGCAAUCAAAGAGUACAUUUGGACAUAUGCUGCUCUAGAGUUUGGACUGGUGGCUUUGCUCUUAAACCUAUUCUACACGACGCUCCAUUUUGCGCCACCAUACUCCGUGAUGAUGUCAUCUGUUCUGGGGUUUGGAUGUGCUGUGUGUCUCAACUUUUUGUACAUCCAAUAUUUCAACUGGAGAGUACGAGUGUCCCAAAGCUCCGACCCCGUGUGAACCCGCGAGAUAAUAGUAAAUGCCCGUUUUGCCCCUUCCGGAACGAACAACUGUAGUGACUUUGAAGCAGUAUCAUCUUGUGUGUUAU